GCGCGAACCAAGCUUCAACAAUUCCAGAAUGAAGCCAAGCCAAGUAUUGGACCGUUGAUCUGAGCAUACGAACAGCCCUUCUGGGCACGCAAGCAUCAUGGAUGGGCGGAAGAAAGGGCAACGUUGCGGGAUUGAGGGGUGCCGUUCCAGGCUUUACGAUGAAGGCGAGGAUGGAUUCAUGUACUGUGAAAAUGGCCACCGGUCGGUUCAAGUAAUUGCUACCGAGGAUGAUGACAACUUUCUAGGCGCUCAGCGCAGAGACAAAACCAGAAAGCGAAGAGAAGACGAGGGAGAAGGACAUGUGGGGAUAUUACUGAAGGGCAGAGAGGCGCUGAAUCUGUACCUGAAAAGCCUGCAACUAGUUCUUCGCCAUCAAAUAUGGUUUCUGGUGCACGACCAAGGGCUUCCUGCAGAACUCGAAACGGUUGUGUUUGACCUCUGGACUUUGCGCAUCAUGCAGCUUGAAGAGAAGAUUGGAGAAUCCCAAGCUCAUUCGUCCCAAUCCCAACUAUUCACCUCGUCUGCUAGCGAGGGAGAAGAGACCGAGUCAGAGAAACGGACGACCUCCAGGGAGAAGAAACUCAGCCAUGCACCGAGUCUCAUGGACACUCUCGCUCUAUGCUACCUAGGGAUAAUCACCCUACGCCUGCCACUCACAAUUGGAGAUUUCCACACUUGGGUGGUUGAUGGGAAGCUGGCCUAUUGGGGCGCUUUGAAGUUGUUGCCGGAAGCCAUGGCACAGAAAUUACCAGCAUCGUAUCACAGCCUGUUAUUUCCAAAUGCUGCCUUCAAAGUUAAUCGCUUUGUUGACACCAUCACCAACACUACAAUAAAUCUCGGACAGGAGUACGGUGUCACUUGGCCUAGACUGAAUUAUCCGUUACUGCUAUUUCGACUUCUGAAAGAGCUUGCUCUGCCACUGGAGCUGUAUGAAGCAACCAUCCGCCUAGCACGCCUCAUCGACUAUAACUUCACGCAUCCAAAAGUCUUUGAAGCCUAUUCCGGUAUUGCACGGCUUCCAGAAGCACAGCUCAUAUCCUGCCUUGUAGUUUCUGUGAAGCUUUUGUAUCCAUUUGAUGGAAUAAGACGCUACCCAAAUCACGACUCAGAGCCGGCCGCGACCUGCAUGAAUUGGAAGACAUGGCACCACCAUGUAUCUUCUGUUCGCACACAACAAUCGGGACAAGCGAAUGCAUAUACCAAAGCGGAUCUCAUGGCUAUACAGGAAAAAGACAUUUUCUCUAUGUCUGAGGACCAAUUAGAUCAAUACUUUGAUUGGUACCAGGGUGAUUUACUCGAUUCCAACCACACAGUACAGAAUAAGGAUACCAAUUUUCGAAACGCUUUAUAUGAGCUUUUUCCGGUUGAUGCAGCACACAGCUCACAGCCACCGCAGUCUGUAUCUCAGACACCAACGCACCAGCACACCUUGGAAGUUACUAAAUUUGUACAUGAGGAUCUCAAAUCGCGAGGUCCCGUUGACCAAGACGGGGCCCAAUCUAAUGUGAAGCGCCCGGGAGAUGGAUAUGUAUACUACAAAGAUGUAGAGAGCAUGCCAGAACCAGCAAAAAGGUUUUUCGAAGCAUCAGUAAGGAUAACAGGGUUGGAUAUGGACAUGCUUAUCCGUGCUGUCCUGCUCACUGAGAAGAAAGUGCAGAGAUGGAAGAAGAGCCACCAGCAACACAAGUCAGGUGCAGCGGCGAUAGGGAAAUCGUGAACGCACACAAACAUCGCUUUGCAUAAAAUGUCAGAGU